AUGGCGCCACCCGCGCGGGCCGCCGUUCCCGACGCGACGGCCGCACGGCACCUAACGGUCGACGGCGACGUGGGAUUGUCAGACGACGCGGCUCGGAGCCUCGCGCGCGGGUUCUUUCUGGGAGGCUUCCUGCUGCUCCCGUGGCUGUGGUUCGUUAACUGCUACUUCUUCUGGCCCGUGCUUCGUUAUAACGCCGGCCACGACCCCCAGCUCCGGUCGUACGUGGUGGGAUCGGCAAUUGGCUGCAGUGUUGCCUUCUCCCUCCUUGCCUGCUGGUCGCUAGCAUACUCUCUAGGAGGGGAGGCCCUACUAGGGGCUGACACGUGGCAGAAGCUAGCAGUGUACAAUAUAGUGGAUGGUAUUUUGUAG